GUGUCGCUAAACAAGUUACAGCUGCUAACAAUUUCGUUAACUUGUUUGUGGACGUACACAGUUUUAAAGAGAAUACCUUACAGAGAUAUAUCUCAUCAAACAAAAUGUCAGAUAUUGCUGCUGUUGUGCCAAAAUGCUCGUUCAAAAUCAAAACGAUGGAAAUGCACACUUGCGGUGAGCCGUUACGGAUUAUCACCUCCGGCUACCCCGAUAUCGUCGGGGACACGAUCCUGGCGAAGCGCUCCUACGUCCGAAAGAACCUGGACCACCUUCGGAAAGCACUGAUGCUGGAACCGAGAGGGCAUUACGACAUGUAUGGAGCCCUCCUCGUCAAACCAGAUCACCCGAGAGCCCAUUUAGCUUCUCUGUUCAUGCACAAUGAAGGUUAUAGUACAAUGUGUGGCCACGCAACACUUGCUUUGGCCAGAUAUGCCGUUGAUUUUGGACUUGUUGAACCAGUUUCUCCAGAAACAGAAAUUAAUCUUCAGUGCCCUUGCGGAUUGGUGAGGUCUUUUGUAGAGUAUGAUGACAAAAGGAAAACUUCUGGAAGAGCGAGAUUUCUGAGUUCCCCUGCUUUUGUUUUUAGAACAGAUAUAAAGUUGAAUGUACCAAACUAUGGUGAAUUAACAAUUGACAUCAGCUACGGGGGUGCCUUCUAUGCCUUAGUCUCUGCAGACCAACUUGGUCUUGACCUCGGAAAAUCUUCUUUCCAAAGCAUCCAGGCAGCUGGAACAGCUGUUACCAUGGCAACCAAGGAUGCAGUGAUCCUGGAACAUCCAGACAGUCCAGACCUCGCCUUCCUCUACGGGACUAUUAUCACAGAUGGAGAGGAUACUUGGAGCGAGGAGCCAACAACCAAUAUUUGUAAUUUUGCUGAUUCUCAGAUUGACAGAUCCCCCUGUGGGUCAGGUGUCACUGCCCGCAUCGCUCUUCAGCUUCAUAAAGGACUGAUAGAUUUGGACCAGACUAGAUCCUUUAGGAGUGGGGUCACAGGAACAACAUUCACAGGAAAAGCAGUGGAAAAGACAAAGGUGGGCCGCUUUGAUGAAGUUGUGGUUGAAAUAUCAGGAAAAGGGCACUACAUAGGAGAAAGCACCUUUAUAUGUGAAGACGAUGAUGAAUUGGGAAAAGGAUUUGUUGUUCAAUAGAGGACUUUUUAGGGGUUGACUCAAAAUAAUACUGAAAUAAAAACAUUUGUCUAUUUUAUUGAGGACAGGUUCCAGUUUUUGUCUCGUCUGCAAAGCAGAGUGAGACUAAAGGCACCGCUUCUCCGAUGGCGAUGGCGGCUGCGUCAACAUCAAGUUUAUGAAAUGACAUCAUCAACUGAGAAAGUAUAUGGACCAAGUUCAUGAAACUUUUACAUAAGGUUAAUCAAGUAUUACUGAACAUCCUGCUUGAGGUUCAGGUCUUAUGAUCAAGGUCAAAGGUCAUUUAGGGUCAAUGAACUUACUGGUAGACCAUGUUGGGGAAUCAACAUCAAAAUAUUAAACAGAGGUUAAGUUUUGGAAAUUUCGUUAUAACUUCGAAAGUGGGCCUAGUUCAUGAAACUUGGACAUAAGGUUAAUCAAGUAUUACUGAACAUCCUGCCCAAGUUUCAAGUCACAUGAUCAAGGUCAAAGGUCAUUUAGGGUCAAUGAACUUUGACCAAGUUUGGGGUAUUUGUUGAAUUGCCAUCAUAACUUUGAAAGUUUGUGGAGCUGAUUCAUAUAACUUGGACAUGAGAGGAUUCAAGUAUCACUGAACAUCCUGUGCGAGUUUUAGGUCAAAUGACGAAGCUCAAAGGUCAUUCAAGGUCAAUGAACUUUGACCAUGUUGGGGGUAUUUGUUGAAUUACCAUCAUAAGUGUAUUGGUUUAGUU